GAAGAAGAAGCAGCAGAAGAAGAAGAAGAAGAAGAAGCAGCAGCAGCAGCAGCAGAAGAAGAAGAAGAAGAAGAAGAAGAAGAAGAAGCAGAAGAAGAAGAAGCAGCAGCAGCAGUGUGUGUAAACACAGACAGACUGCUCUUUGUAAACAUGGCAGACGCACUCGCUAAACGUCAAACUGGCGGCGAUGAAAUAAAUGAACUAUCUCAGAAAGUCAAACGGGUCAAAGCUGACAACGAGUCUAAAAAUGGAGGAGGACAGACUGAGGAGAGCCCAGAAAAUGUUCUGAGUGGAUUCCAAACAUCUGCUGUUCUGAGUGAUUCUGCGCGCGACAAAAGCAUCUUCCUCCACGGACAGCUUGCAGGUCAGGAGGCGGUCAUGAUCCUGGAGAAGACCCCCAUCAGAGAGGACAGUCUAGCUGAGCUCCUCAGUGGCUCCAAGUUGAAUCUGGAGAUGAGAAAUGACAUCUACAGCACAUAUCGACUGCAGCCCCCCCCUCACCUCAAUGAGAUCAAGACAACAGUGGUGUGUCCCGCUACAGAGAAACAUGUGAAGAAAUACCAGCGUCAGGAGAGUUUCCUGGUGGAGGAAAGAGGGGAUGAUUAUCAGUCCAUCACUCUGCCCUACAUCCAGGAGCAGAGGUUCAGUGUCCAAUGGGUUUACAAUAUCUUGGAAAAAAAAGCAGAGGCUGAUCGGAUCGUUUAUGAAGAUCCAGACCAGACGGUUGGCUUUGUCCUUCUGCCAGAUUUCAAAUGGGAUCAGAAACAGGUGGAUGACUUAUACCUGAUUGCCAUUUCACAUCAGCGGGGUAUCAAGAGCCUCCGAGAUCUGACGUCAGAGCACAUACCGCUGCUUCAAAAUAUCUUUCAGAAGGGAAAGGAGGCCAUCCUGCAGCGCUACAAUAUGCCGUUCAGUAAGCUCCGAGUGUACCUGCACUACCAGCCCUCCUACUACCACCUGCAUGUCCACUUCACUAAACUGGGUUAUGAGGCGCCGGGCUGCAGCGUAGAGCGAGCCCAUCUCCUCACAGACGUCAUCCAGAACCUGCAGUCUGACCCACAAUACUACAAAACCCGCACCCUGCACUUCCCCCUCAGGGCCGAUGAUGGAUUGCUGAGCAGGUUCAAGGACGCUGGAAGACUCUAACGUACAGAGACUGACAAAAACAAACAAACACUCAUUCUCAAAUUUUUGUUUUGAUAAGUGAGGAUGUUUUAUGUGGAUUUUAUAUGUUUGGACAACUUCCUGUCUGAAUCCUCCUGUUUUCAUGCCAACAGAUGUGUGACAUCAGAUUAGAGGAGAAAACAUGUUUCUGUUAGUGUUUUUUAUAUGCUUUUGUUUGGUGACUUAAUUAAAGAGGCCUUUUUCUACUGUCUUUGGUGCA